AUGUACGCUUCCAUACUCCUCCUUCAAAAGUUUUGUUACUGCUCCACACAGCCUGCCAGGGUACAGCGUGGGGUCCAGGGGGUUGCGGCGCUGCUGGAGAGGUGCAGAGAGGUGCAGGUGGGAAGCACGGACCUUGGAGCAGGGUGCAGGGGAGCAGUGGUCAAGCACAGCGCGGUGGUCAUCGGGCCCGAGACCCCCCUGUCCUGGACAGGGCGAUGGCGGCCUUGUAGGCCGGGGCGGUGGGCGGCUGGACCGGCUGCAGUGGGGUGUACCCCGCUGCACCCUGGCUGGGGAGGUCGUAGGACCGGUCGGCGUCCCAGCCAGACAGGUCCCCGCACGCCAUGA